UGGCGGGGGCGUGGCUGGGCGAGGGUGGUUUAGAGCGCGGAGGCGGCCCUCGAGGGGGCGGGCCCAGGGCUCGGGGGCGUGGCCCUGUCGGAGGGGGCGGGCUGGGCAGGGAGACUUAGGGCGCGGGGGCGUGGCCUGGGAGGGGCGGGCCCAGGGCGCGGGGGCGGGGCCUGCGCGGGCCGCGGCGCGGGGCGAGUGGGCUGCGGGGAUGCGGGGCCCGAGCUGCGUGGGCGGCGGCGGCGAGAGCCCGGGCGGCGCGGGGCUGAGCGAGGCCCCGCGGGGCCGCUGGCUGCGCCUGGCCCCGGUCUGCGCCUACUUCCUCUGCGUCUCGUUGGCCGCCGUGCUGCUCGCCGUCUACUACGGCCUCAUCUGGGUUCCCGCGCGGCCCGCCGCCGCCGCCCCCGCCGGCCCGCCGCCUAGCGCGCCCUUCCCUCCGUGCGCCGCCCGCCCGGGCGCGCCGCCCGCCCCGCCGCCCGCCGCCGCCUCGGUCUCCUGCCUCUUGGGCGCCCCCGGCGGGCCCCGACCCCAGCUCGAGCUGCCGCGCAGCCGCCGCCGCCGCCGCAGCGACCCCAGCCGCCGCCCGAGCCGCCGGAUGCCGGGAGAGACGCCGGAGGCCGCGGGGGGGCGAGGACCCGGGUAACCCUCCCUCCCACUCAAGCUGGACCGCCGGCCCUGGGGAGCCCGGCGCCCCCACCGCGGAUGCGCCGCUCCCGCUGGGCCCGGGCUGCUGCUUCGUGACAUCGCCCAGCAUCUCCGGAGCCGUCAUCCUGAAGAAUGGGGUCGAUGGGGAGCCAGCUGGGGACCUCGCCCUUCGCAGCUCCGCCGCCGUCAGGCCGGGUCCUCCACCACCUGGCAGACCUCGUCCGACAUCUGCUUCCUGACCCUCCCUCUGUAGGAUUCUGAGCGGGAGCCCGCAGCCCGCCCUCCUCGGAAUCUCUGUAUCCGUAUGUCCACCUGCAAUAAACUCCGGCUCCAGCUGC